AUGAGAGUUAUAAAGAGAGAGAGAGGGGACUGAAGGAAAGUAGGAGAAGAGGCUGGGCCUACUAAAGUGAAGCACAUCUUUUGAAGGAAUUUUUACUACUGAGAAUGGAUAUGAAGGGGUGAAUCCGAUAAGAUCUAGAUGGCCUCCAAUAACUUCCAUUCUCAUCGAACUACUGGAUCUCAGCCUUACUGAGAAGCGGCUAGACCCAAGAUGUCUUCUCCUACUGAAGAAGAAAGUGGUUCAGCAGACCAACCUCUCAAAAAUUUAGAAAAUGAGGCUCCAAAUGACUGUAAUACAGAGGUAGAGCCUUCACUUGAUAAUCCCAAUACGUCUGAAGUGGAAACCAUCCCAACCAAUGCAGAGCCAGGCACAGCAGACAUCCAAGAAGAACAUGCUGUUCCUGAAGCAGCAACAAUUGAUAAGUCUGAAGUACAGAACACCCAAGAGGAUUCCCAAAAAGAAGAUUUAAGAGAAGAAUCCCUCAUAGUUCAGAUUCCCAUUCCUAGGAAAUGGAUCCUUUUUAUUUCUGGAUUAGGGAGAAUUACCAAUCUGAGUAUCCAACUAGGAAAAAAUGAUAAAAACAAUCACUUAACUGAUAGUGCAAGGUUCUACUCAAGAAAAAUAGAGAUAAAAGUAAGUGAUUUAUGUUAUCACACCAUAAAUUACAAAAUGCCUUUCCAACUCUCAACUUCAUGGAGAAUUCCAUUCAUUAGCAAUCAUGAGAUAAGAAGAAUGAUUCUCCGUCUGCUAUGUAGCAGACAUUUCUCUCAGGCCAUCAGACGUCAAAAUACCACAUGGGUGAAACAAAAAUAUAUAGCAUUACUUCCUCGUCCAAAUGCUCUCACUCAAGGCGAGAGUGCCUUACUAUUUGGAAGACCUUUGAGGAUGUACUACCAGCAACCCCUCACUGACAGAAUAGCAGCAGGAAAAGUUUUCAAGUCAAAUGCUAGUAAAGGGAAAGGUGGAAUCCACAUUUUUGUGAGGCCUGUGUUCUAUGUCCCACGGGCCCACGUUCGAAAUACAUUGGCUAGAAAAACUUUUGGGUAUCAUUUGAGAGCUCAUCGUAACAUAAGGGUUGUGAUCAUAAACAUAAAUAAUGCCUGGAAAUACCUAUGUCCCAUCUGUGGGAGUAGCUUCAACAAUUUAGCUGAAUUUAGAGCACAUUCCUGCAACUAACUUAGGAAUUAAAUAAAAUCGGGAUGAAAUUUAAAAGUAAAAUCUUAAAAAAAAAAACAUAAUUCGGCUAACAAUUUGAGUCCAAAUUUCUUAAACAUGUUUUACUAGUGUUAGAUGGAGUUACAGAAUGGAACAUCAAUUACAGCAUAUAACACCUUUGAGAAGAGGAGAACUUGUAAGGAAACUUUUGCUUAUACUGUGUUACUACAAAACCAAUCAUCAAACCAUCGGAUCCUUGAUCUAUAUUAAAUUAGCAGUUGAACAAAGAAAAUGUUUGUGCUUUCUUAUAUUUCUGCAGAUAAGAACACUGUCAGUAUUAUCGAGUUACAAAUCUACAGGAUCUUAACAACAAUAGCAAACUUAUUGGAGGGCUAACCAAAGUCCUUCUAUGUGCUUCUAGAGACUGCUACAUUUAAUGUAAAACAUGUUCUCUAUAAAUUAAAUAAAAAUCAUUUUA